AUCUCAAAAUGGCGGCCUUGAUAAGAGGACAAAUUUUACACAAUUUUGAAAACUCGUCUAUUUCUGAUUUUCCUCACUGGACAAAUGCUCGCCAUUUGACAGGGGUAAGAUUUUAAGUAUUCCUGUGAUUGUGUGUUAUGGAAAGUUUCGUAAAUAAACGGUAUUUCUGUUGUUUUUAGACCACAAUUAUGGCUGUGGAGUUUGCAGGUGGAGUUGUGAUAGGUGCUGACUCACGGACCACUACUGGGUAUAUAGUAUUUAGGAAAUUUUGAAAGCAUGCUUUAUCAUACUUGAGUAAUGCACUUGUCAGUUGAAACUGCGGCCCCCGACCCCAGCGGCAUAGCAGAAUUUAACAAUUCCUCUUGUUAAUUGGGCCAUUUAAUGUAACCCUAUUGACAAGGUCAAUAAAAUUUGAACCCAGAAAUUAAUAAUUUUUUGCCUUACCCCUCAGAAAAAACGCAAAGAUCAAAGGAUGCCAAUGCACACAACCCCUCAGAAAUGGCUUUUUCAAACCCCUUCAGAAAUUCUCGUCCAUAGGGGGGUGUGUACAUUAAAUGGAAUGGACCAUUCCCACUCAUUUCCCCCGCUACAGGGGGAUAUUCCCUGUUAAAAGCCCCGGUACUCUUGUGCAAAACAGCAAUACACAAAUCUGAACGCUUUCUAGAACAAACAUUAAUAAACAACAUGUGAAGAUUAAAUAAACAAUUGAGCUUGUUUUUUUCGUUCUCCCAAGAGAUUUUGGCGAUGCAAUCACAUGCGAACAACAACAUUUUCAACACUUUCCACAAAAACAACUACAAGCAGACCAAGAAUAUAAUUUAUAUACAGAGUAAGAGACAAAAUCUGUCGGUCUUAACAGGAUAGGGUAGUGCUAAACUGAAGAGCAUGUUCAAACACAAUGACCUCGCAUGUUCAGUUCCUCUACUCUAGCCGAACGUUAAAAUCCCGGCUACUUAUUCCCAGCAGCUUGUUAAAUCCCCGGGGAAAUGCAGCAUUAAAUAGGCGUUAUUCCAUGGCUCUGUUCUUGUUAAUUCCGCACUAUGCCGCGGGGGUCUGGGGCUGUAGUUUCAAUUGAUGUUGUGCCAGACUGUAAAGUAUUAUUUUAUAUGUGUGGAACUUUCCUGUCGUAUUAAAAUCCAGGGUACAUUCUGUGUAAACUCUACACCGAAGAUAUUCCAAUAUUAAUUAUAGAUAGUAUUGUAAUUUGCCUAACUUGUGCCAAAGAUCUUCAGCAUAUUGCACUUAAAAUGCACCCUGGUCGUAAAAUGGCAGUUGCACGGAAAUGAAUGAAGAACGUUGGGGCAGUGAUUGCAUAAAUUCCACAAGGGUGAAGGUACCGGCCACCACGCUUGGCGUCGAGAGGAAAUUUUUUAGAUUGUCUGAAAUGGCAUUUUGAGAGUUUUCUCUACCUCUUUUCACAAGACCAACACAUAUAAGAGACCAAAUAAAUUAUUAGUUCAUCAAAAAUAAGCAGAUUUUGUAUUAUUUUCUUGAAAAUGCGUGGACAGAAAUUCAGCUGAACAGCUAAACAGAAUGCUUCCCUGUGCAGACCAAACUUUAUAGUCUGGAUGUUGUUUAAUUCCCGAGUACUUCAGCAAAGAGUACUUUUUAUAUACAAUAUUAUUGUGAUAUGAAUCUAUAUGGACAUUUUGAGCAGAGGAUUAUAUACAAUUUUAGACCUAACUAGGCUGAGGCGGUUUUCCGGUAUGCCGGAAAAUACCAAGUUUUUUGAAAAACUGUUUUUUCGUUUUUGCCAAAGUCCAAGUACCAAAAAAAACGAGAAAAAACCCCGGAAAAAGACAGAGAACUCGGAAAAAACAAGAUAAAAAUGCUAAUGUUUCAGUUAAUCCUAGCUGGAAACUUGUUAAUACAUUCCUUUAACAUUGUGUUCUUACUUGUAUUUUUAUACGUCUGUGAGCUUUUGAUAUCAAGCAUCUAAAGCCAAAAUUCUUCACAUAAUAAAAACAUGUGACUUGUGCUACACGGUUUUAUGUCUGUGUGUUAUUUAUAGAUUAAAAACCAGUUUUUUGGGGAAGUUUUCCGGGGUUUUUCCCUGAGGGUUUUCGGUUUCGGUUUUUUCAAGAACCGCCACAGUCUAGACCUAACCAGGGGCAGCUGUGAAAAAUUGUUCGUUCUAUUUCAAGAGCAAGAUGCCCAAAAAUCUUGAUAUUUGCCUGUUGUGUGUCGUCACUUCAAAAGUAGUACCCCCCCUACCCCCUUUGGAUGUCCUUUGGAAUGCACUUGCUGUACUAUUAUCUGAAACGAAUGUUUCUCCCCUCAUUCUCCAGACAGCACAAAUUUCCUCCUUAAUUUGUCAUAAUUUUUAAUAGACAAAACUAAACAUGUUAUUACCUAAUUUACAGCUUAAAAAGAUUAAACAAGUAUCCAUAUAAAUAGUCCAUCUGGUCAUUCCAGAAAACAUCCAUACCACCCCCACAGAGGAAAUUGGAAGUUAACCCCCCAUCCCCUUUGGAUGUCCUAAUACAUUUACUAUUAAGUUCUUUGAAUGUUUGCAUGGCGAUAAAAUAUAAUUGUUUUUGUUUGUGGAAACACCACGUAAAUAAUAAAAAAAAAUUUAAAAAGAAAGUAAUAAAUGCAGUAGUAAAUUUAUGUGGUGUUUCCACAAACAAAAACAAUUACAUUUACUAUUAUCAGAAACAAUUUUGUCUCCCCUCCGGACGGCAGAAAUUUCCUCCAUGGGGGGAGUGUGGAUCUUUUCUAGAACGACCCAUUAUUAAAGUAUCUAAAAUUUAAUUUCUGCAUAAAUUAGCAUUUACAUUAAAAUCAUCUUCGAAGUCAUUAGCAUUGAUUUCUUAAAGGGCCUUCUAGGAGGCAGGGUGGAUGACCCAAUCCAAGAAACAAUCACAUGAGAAAAUAGAUUUAGCUAGGACACAUUAGGGCACCAUCAUGAUAGUCACUUAAUGGGUUAACUUGGCCUUUGCUUCUCUACUUUAUAGAUCUUAUAUAGCCAAUCGUGUGACAGACAAACUGACACCAAUCACAAACAAGAUAUACUGUUGUCGAUCUGGAUCUGCAGCAGACACACAAGCAAUAGCUGAUAUUGUUAAAUACCAUUUAGAUUUUUACUGGUGAGAUGGGUGAUAGUAACAUGAUAUGACUUGACAUUAAAAUAAAAAUAUCUUAGUUGAUACUUUAAACACUUUAACAGUCACUUUACAAAAAAUCGUUGCUUACUUAUUUGCAUAAUAAGCUUUAACUGAGUGAGCGAUAGCACUAUCCUCCUUGAUGAGUAAAGUUGUCUGGCGUUGGACAGAGUAAAAUAACAAAGUAGGGCGCAUUAGGGUGCAAUGUCAGCUGUUCAAAGGUUAAUACGGUCUCUGGUUUUGUUCAAUACAGCCGAGAAAUUGGUGAAGAUCCUCGAGUAAAGACAGCAGCAAAUAUUUUCAAGAAUUUCUGUUAUGAUUACCGUGAUUCGCUGUCAGCAGGUAUCAUAUGUGCUGGCUGGGAUAAAUAUGAUGGUGGACAGGUAAUGAUGCAUGUUUGGUACCAUUCUGAAGUUCUUUUGGAAAGAUCAUACAGUUGUUAAUAAAAAUAAAUUAUUAUUUAAUAAAGAAAAAGGCUGUUUCAACUUUAGAUAAGGGAAAUAAACCUGCUUAUCCGAUGUGGAUGCACACUCAGAGUAACAUCACAAAUCACAAACAUCUUGUUGAUCAAAUUUGCUAAUACUGUAUGUUAGUGUUUGCAUAGUAACUUUGUUAUGCAUGCACUCAUGACUCACAAACAGUAAAAUUGUACCUGGGAAAUUAUUUUGAAUGUUAAUUAAUCUGCAAAAUGUAUUUUAGGUAUAUUCUAUUCCACUUGGAGGAAUGUGUGUCAGGCAGCCUUUCACAAUUGGAGGUACAGUAUAGAAAUUUGUAUACUAUACUAACAUGGCAAGUUUAACCAUUUGUAUUGUACCCUGGCUAACACACCUUACUUUGUUAUUUUACUAAGUCUGAUGCCAGGCAAUUUUACUUGCAUGGGGAAGUGCUCGCACCGAGUGGGUUAAUAAAAAGUUCAAAUCAGAUUCAGAAUGUUGAAAGAUAAUCAAAUCCAAUAAUGAAAAAAUCUUUAGGAUCUGGUAGUUCAUACAUCUAUGGGCAUUGCGAUGCAACAUUUAAAGAAAAAAUGACAAAAGACGAAUGUUAUGUAUUUGUUGCGAAUGGUAAGUAACAAACUUCAUGUGCAAGCCAGUUAUUGAAAUCUAUGAAAUCCCCUGUCUAAUUAGUAGGCCACAGUCUCUGGAUUUGUGCAGACUACAGGUUCAGUGAAACAGGAAAUCCCUUGAUCAAGGAUACUGUCAAAUAAAUGUAUCCAAUAAUGUACAUAUAUGGUAUACUGUAAUUUUGGCAAUAUAUAAUAAGUAUCCCAAAAUCAACUGAGUAAUUAGAAUUUCUCGUUGACAGCUGUGGCUUUGGCAAUGUCACGUGAUGGAUCCUCUGGUGGAGUUAUACGAAUGGCUGCCAUUACUGAGGAUGGUUUGGAGAGGAAAAUGCUUUCAGGAAAUGAUCUCCCCACAGGCUUUUUUGAAGGCUAGAGAUGAUAUUUUUCAGUUUUUAUUAUUCUAUUAUAUGUGUUUAGAUAAUGGCCCAAUAUGAUAUUAUUCCUGAGAGUGAGUUACAUUAAAACUUGAAAAAUGCAGGGAAAACACUCAUUAAAAAUUGAAAAUACCAGUAAUAAAAAUACUUUCUUAGAACUAAUACUCAAAUUUAUAUAGCCUCUGUCAUCACCAUUGGGCUCGAUUUUUGUUGCUUUUGUGAGGUAAGUUGCAUAAAUGUAUUUAUUGGGAAAAGUUCAGUUUUAUGGCACAAUAAUAAUAUAACGGAAAUAAACUUGAUAAAUUAGUGCAUGCAAGGGAAUUAACUCGAUAUGAUAAAUAUUUUUAAUAAUGGAUGAUAAUCUAAAUACAGAUAAUAUACAUGUGUUAAAUCUUUAUAUUACUUUCAAUUACAGUAUUUAAAUCUAUAAGUAAACAUAACUAAUAAAAUACCUAAUGUUGCUUAAAAAUUCACAAAGUAUAAAAAUGUACCUGUUUUGGCACAGUCAUACUUAUUAGUUCUCUUCUCAUAGUAUAUGUUAAAUGUUUCAAGAACUUUGGAUGUUCAUAGGAGAAAACCUCUGCAUCCAUUGAUUUAAAAGAUUGUAAAAAUAAUUAAAAUGCAUGAAAUCAAUGUUCUGGCCAUGUCUGUAGCCUUACUGGCAACUAGAUCCAUUCUGAGAUCCUAAGAAGGCACCAGAUUGUUGUCUAUGGUGUUGAAGAGAUCUGCUUCUAGUUUCAUGGAUGUAUCGAGUCCUAGAACUGAUUUACAAUCUAAAGUUAGUGUAUCGUUGGCUCAUUGAUGACUGUCCUCCACUUCUCGAAAUUCCGGCCAUGUAUGUAACACCCUCGUGCAAAUUACCAGGGGCGUGGUGCAAUUCUCUGGGUGGACCACCAUGGUACAGCCCUGGUACAUUGAUUCCAGGUCGUGGGGAGGGCAUGACCACCGCAUGUGCCGCCCGUUGUUUUAACAUCGUCCAAUCAAAUACAUAAUCAUACUGGUAAUUCAGGGUGCGGAAUAGGAUCCGAAACAGUUGCCUCAGAUACAUGUAAUCAGGAUUAUCCAUGAACUGUAAAUUCUUGCAAUAGUUGAGAUACAUAGCAAACUCAGCGGGGAACCCACGACAAAGAUGCUCCACAGGUGUCGACACCUUUUUCUCGCUAAUUUUUUCAUACUUCUGUUUCUUGGUGACCGCCUUCAACCCCUGCCAAGGCAAACUGGUGCGAUUGAAAUACAUCAAGACAUAGCCCAAGGACUCCAGGUCGUCUCGACGAGAUUGUUCAAGCCCUAAAUGAGCAUUAAUACUUGCGUAUCUCGCAGUGCCAGUGAGAUUCUUGUCCUCUCUGUACGGUAUAUGUUGAUAUGUCCGACUAUCACGGUAUUUCUUUGCCAAACCGAAGUCGAUCAAGUACACUUUAUUACACGAUUUCCCUACUCCCAUUAAAAAGUUAUCAGGUUUAAUAUCUCGAUGAAUAAAGUUCUUGUUGUGAACGUACUCGAUUCUGCUAAUCAUCUGAUCGGCGAGCAUAAGUACAGUCUUCAUAGUGAAGCGUCGCGAGCAAAAGUUGAAAAGGUCUUCUAAGCUAGGACCUAAUAGUUCUAUGACCAGCGCGUUAUACACGUCUCGAUCUUGCCCGUACCAUAAAACAUUGGGAAUUCCAACGCCCCCUUGCAGAAUACGGUAAAGUUUUGAUUCGUACAGCAGUUGAGGAUGACGCGCUUUUUGCAGCUCUAAUUUCACAGCCACUUCUUCGCCGGUGUUUCGGUUCACUGCUAGAUAGAUAUCACCAAAAGAACCGCUGCCGAUCUUUCUUAAAACGCGGUAUUUAUUCCCGAUUACAAACUCGCUACGAAUCUCGGAGCUAGAGGCCAUUCUGAUUUCUCUUGGCAGAGAGAAUGCGAAUCAAACGAGAGAGUUUGAAUCGAAGCUUCGGUCUUGUUUAUGUGAUGCUGUGUUUCCGAUUUGUAGCAAUU